AGUAUAAGGGAGUUGUACUCCAUUCUAGUAGGUGGCGGUAAUUCAACAUUUAUUGGAUGCCAACCGCCGUUAAAUCUCAUCGAAGAAGAAAAACGACCAAAGAAUUUAGUCUGCCGGAAAACUACACGAAGAAGAAAAACGAUGCCUUAGACUGGAUUUUCCAAAGCUGAAAGGGGAGUCCCGUCUUUGCAGCCCUGUAAAAAGUGAGAGUUGCGGGGGAUUUGACACUAUGGGACAACUGGACGAGUUACUUUUAAGAACCACAUGCAACUGGACACUGACAUUUUAAAGGAUAACCUUUUUCCUGAAUCAAGAACGAAAAAGGUAUCGCCAAGAGCAGUAGCUAGUUGUGAUGCGGAGAGGAGACCUUGUUCCCCGGGCCUUCCAGGCCCCAGUGGAUGUCCAUGCUAGUGUAGAUGGCCAGGUGUACAUGUUCAGGAACGGCCAGCCAAAUGACUCUGCAGGCUCUUCAGAGGAAGAAGAGUUCAAUGUGAUGGCGCUUAGGCCCCGGGGGCGGCAGGAGCCGGACCAGGACAGACUGGGCAGCCUCAUGCUGCUAGAGAGGGAUGUAUUGGUUGGGGACAACCUCAACAAACUUGCUCUGCAAUAUGGCUGCAAGGUGGCCGACAUAAAGAGGGUGAACAACCUGAUUCAGGAACAGGAUAUGUUUGCAUUGAAAUCAAUCAAAAUCCCUGUGAAGAAACACAGCUUAUUGACUAACACAGAACACAGAAUCUCAAAUUCAUCCACACCACAGGACAGACCUACAGCCAGCUCAUCUGGUAGGCCACAUUUACAGGAAUACACUGACUUCCUCAAGGAAGUGGAUCAUGACAUCGAGAGACUGAUUCAAACCACAGAUGCACAGAAUGAGGUCUUUUUAGAGGCCGCAGGGCGGCCACAAAAUUUGGGCUACAGAGGCCAGCGCUUGACCAGCUAUGGAGCAGACUGGGGCAUCCAGUGGUGGAACGCUGUGGUGGCCAUGCUCCUGAUAGGCAUUAUCCUGCCUGUCUUUUAUGUUGUUUAUAUCAAAACACAAGACACUGGAGUGCCUGCUGCUGUAGCGACCUCAAACAGCUCAGGGACAGGCCUCAGCACAGAAAGCCCUACGAACACUUUUUAGCAGCCAGGAAAAUGUCCCUCAGUCUGAACAAACCAAACACAUAGUUCAGGGAAAGAAUGUCUAUGCUUAACGUCACUUUAAGAACCAAACCAGUGUUCUGCUUAAAGGUCAUCAAAGAAGUGUUGUGUAACAUUUCUUUACAAAAGAUUGAAGUUGUAUGGAUUUCUGUAAGUGUUUUAUCACAGACAUUGGACUUCAUGGUUUCAGAUGUGUGCCUUAUUAGAUGUCUGACUUAUCCAGUCAACGGUUCUUUCUUCUUUGUGCUAAUUAUUUUGAUUUUUUUUUUGCCACGUUUGCUGUGUGACAACCUUACAACUGCAAUUGAAUAUGGAUAUUCAGUUUCGGACUUGCUUAAACAUUCUGAACCGAUUGUAAAAUAUCUCUGUGUUUGUUAGUCUUCAUGUCCAAAUGUAGUGCCAUUUUAUAGAGAUGUUUGUUUUCUUUGCGAGGCAUUGGAAAACCUCCCGUUGUGUGUGACAGAAUCUGUCUGAAAUUCAAUGCUCGAUUGAGGGACCAUACAGACACUUGUAUGUGUGGGGUACAGCGAUGAGGUAGUCAUUUAAAAAAAAAAGUGUUAAACACUAUUGCACACAUCGAGUUUAUGCAACUUAUUGUGACUUGUUAAGCAAAUUUCUACUCCUGAACAUACACUGAACAGAAUUAAACGCAACAUGUAAAGUGUUGGUCCCAUGUUUCAUGAGCUGAGAUAAAAGAUCCCAGAAAUGUUCCAUAUGCACAAAAAGCUUUUCUCUGAAAGUUUCUACAAAAAUGUGUUUACAUCUGUUAGUGAGCAUUUCACCUAUGCCAAGAUAAUCCAUCCACGUGACAGGUGUGGCAACUUAAGAAGCUGAUUAAACAGCAUGAUCAUUACACAAGUUCACCUUGUGCUGGGGACAAAAGGCCACUAAAAUGUGCAGUUUUGUCACACAACACAAUGCCACAGAAGUUUUAAGGGAAUGUGCAAUUGGUAUGCUGACUGCAGGAAUGUCCACCAUUAUUUAAUGUUAAUUUCUCUACCAAAGCCACCUCCAACGUUGGUUUAGAGAAUUUGCCAGUACGUCCAACCGGCUUCUCAUCCGCAGACCAAAUGUAUGGUGUCAUGUGGGCGAGAGGUUUGCUGAUGUCAAUGUAAUAAGCAGAGUGCACCAUGGUGGGGUUAUGGUAUGGGCAGACAUAAGCUACGGACAACAAACACAAUUGCAUUUUUUGAUGGCAAUUUGAAUGCAGCGAUACCGUGACGAGAUGCUGAGGCCCAUUGUCGUGCCAUUCAUUAGCCGUCAUCACCUCAUCUUUCAGCACAAUUCACAGCCCCAUGCCGCAAGGAUCUGUACACAAUUCCUGGAAGUUGAAAGGCCAGUUCUUCCAUGGCCUGCAUACUCACCCAUCGAGCAUGUUUAGGAUACUCUGGAUCUAAUAUCCAGCAACUUCCCACAGCCAUUGAAGAGGAGUGGGAUAACAUUCCACAGGCCACAAUCAACAGCCUGAUCAACUCUAUGCGAAGGAGAUGUUGUGCUGCAUAAGGCAAAUGGUGGUCACAUCAGAUUUAUGUUCCACGCCCCCUACCUUAUUUUAAGGAAUCUGUGACUUAUAUGAACUGUAACUGUAAUAUCUUAGAAAAUGUUGCGUUUGAUAUUGUUCUGUAUAUUUAGGCUUGCCAUAAAGUGGUUGAAUACUUAUUGACUUGACAUUUCAGCUUUUCAUUUUUUAGUAAUUCAUAUACAUUUUGAAAAACAUUUUCCAUUUUCCAUUAUGGGUUAGUUAGUGUGUAGGCCAGUGAAAAAAAAAUCUCAAUUUAAUCCAUUUUAAAUUCAAGCUGUAACACAACAAAUGUGGAAAAAGUUGAGGGGUGCGAAUGCUUUCUAAAGGCACUGUAUAAGCACCCACUAGAAAGCAAAGCUGCCAUUUAUAUUUAGUAGUCACAAUCCAUUUCAAUCAGGUGCUUUCACUCUUUGUGCCAAUCAGUUAAUGUUACUCCUGGAAAAAUGUAGCCUGAUAUUGCUAUUGUCUUUGUUCCAUUUAAAUCCAAAACUGAAUAUGUGAAUGCAUUAAUUACACAAGUUAUUAACUUGAGUUAAUAUUAAACCGUUUUUAUAAUCCACCAGUUUAAUACAUUUUAAAUGGGGGAAAAAACUUCAUUUGGUGUUAUUUAUUGAAGCAUUUAUUUGUGUAUUUAAAAAUGGUACAUACCUUCAAUAGUUUUCCUGGAUGAAAAAUGCAUUUACUUUAUGCCCUAUACUGUUUUAGAUUAAGACAAAAGCACAGUAGGACUUCGGAGUAUUGUAUUUGAUUCAAGUUGGGCCUUCUUCAAACCCUUUAAAAAAACUGAAAUCUUGAUGUUUUAAAGCAAGUUUGUUGCAAUUUGAAGGACUUUGAAGGAUUAAUCCCUUAUAUUGCAAAACAUGUUUAAGCCUACAAAAUAAAGAAAUGUCCAGUGAUA